CUGAGUUGUCUAGUGACGGUAGCAAGGAGAAAGUUCUGUCGCACCGUUCUGUCAGUUGCGUUACGUCAGUGUUGCUACCAGAUGUCACGAUGAAGAAGUCGUUAACUCGCUAAGGCAUCGCGGAUUGACCGAAGAUGUCAGAGCCUACAGAAAGUCAGGUGGAACAGUGCGACAUAGUCUUGCCGAGACAAGGUCUGCUGUAUCAAACAGAUGCAUUGAAUUACAUACUCUGUAAGCCAAAGUUGAUCCCGUUGAAAUCAGUCACAUUGGAGAAACUCGAGAAGAUGCAGAGAGACGCGGAGAUCAAAGUUAAAGAGACGCAAGAAGCAGAGGGUAGUCUUGAUGCAAGCUCAUAAACAUUUAGCGUUAUCUAGAGACCAAUAGAAUUUGUCGGACAUC